AUGUCAUCAUACCUGGAGAAGCAGUCGUCCGCCUUCCGCGGCACGCUGGCCUCAGCGGCGGCCAAGCUCUCAAACCCCUCGAGCACAAGCGCUGGCAAAGCAGCGUCGCUGGCACCGCCGUCGCCCUCACCGUCCGCCGCCUCAGACAGCACGACGCCCACCGCCAAACGGAAGCGAGACCUGGUGCCCGAGGUGCCGUUUUCGCAGCCCCAGCUGACGGGAUAUGGCGCCGAGGUCAAGACGCAGAUGGCGUUUGCGGUGGAAUAUCUCAAGAAGAAAGGCGAACCUAAGAGCAUCACCGAGAUUAUCGACCACCUCAGUCUACGCGGAUACUCUGAGGAGCAUAAACGAGAGUUGACUGAGGGACUGAGGGGCCACCCGCGCGUGGACUGGAAACCAGACGCCAGCCUGAGCGAGCAGACGUGGAAAACAGGCAUCUACUCGUACCGCCCUGUCAUCGUCAACGUCAAAGAUGGUACUUCUCUCUUGGCGUAUCUCCAGCGAAAGACGGACGCAUCAGGCGUGUCGGUCAAGGACCUCAAGGACGGCUGGCCCGACUGCGAGGACACACUGGCAUCCCUGGAGAAGCAGCACAAGAUCCUGGUUGUGCGCACGAAAAAGGAUAACUUCCCCCGCUACGUAUGGGCCGACGACUCGUCGCUGCAUCACUCCGUCCAGCCCGAAUUCCAAGUCAUGUGGCACCGCGUCCCGAUCCCCAGCGUCGAAGACAUGCACCGCAAGCUGGUCAAUGUCGGGCAGAAACCUACCAGCGAGGAUCCGCUCAAGAUUCAGCAGGCGGCGAAUAAGCCCAAGAUUCAGAAGAAGAGGGCGAGUAAGCGGACUGGGAAGGCGACGAAUGUCCACAUGGCGCAUUUGUUGCAGGACUUUAGCCACAUACGGCGAUGA